UGCCUCUAUCGCGCGCGUGUGUGUGCGAGCACAGAUCCCGGGAAAAUAUACUCGCCAAAUAAUAAGUCUUUAAUUGGUGUCCACCAGACCCAUCAACGUUUUUUUGGCACGGACUUUAUAUCUCCGGCGCAUCUGCAGUCGCGGACCAUACAACAGCUCGGUGCUGGUCGGGACCUGAAUAGGCGUGUUUUUUGGUACCGUUACGCAGAGGCCCGGCUUUUCAGACCAGUCGCGAGUUUCGUCGCCCGCGUCUUUCGAUUUUGUCGCCUGACUUGGGGGUCGUACGCAGGUAUGAUGUAUGAGGGAAGUGAGGACUACAUCAGCCAGCGGGCUAGGGCACACGCCUUUGCCCUUAACAGCAUUGUGCCGCCACCACCUAGGAGUUUCCCGUACCCUGGACUGUCCAUGCAGCCACCUAAUCACAACGCGCUACCUUUCUCUGGCAUGUCAGAUAGGAGCUCCCAUUUUGGGGACUUCACCCCGCUCCCGGGGGCCAACGACCACAAGUCGGCCGCCGCGGCCGCCGCCACCCAGCAGAUGAUGGCGGCCGCCGUCAUGCGCCAGCAGCCGGACCUCUCCGUGUCCAACUCCCCGGCCAAGGAUAUCAAGGUCACGCUGGAAGGCAGGGAGCUCUGGCAGAAGUUCUACGAGAUCGGCACGGAGAUGAUCAUCACCAAGGCCGGCAGGCGCAUGUUCCCCACUUUCCGCACGACCAUGACGGGCCUGGACUCCAACGCCAAGUACAUCCUGCUCAUGGACAUCGUGCCUGUGGACGACACCCGCUACAAGUACCACAACUCGGAGUGGGUCGUGUCCGGCAAGGCUGAGCCUCACAUGCCCAGUCGGCUCUACAUCCACCCGGAUUCACCUGCCACGGGAGCCGUCUGGAUGAAACAAGUGGUCACCUUCAACAAACUUAAGCUGACCAACAACAACUUGGACCAGCACGGCCACCAGAUUAUUCUGAACUCCAUGCAUAAGUACCAGCCUCGGUUCCACAUCGUGCAGGCCAAUGACGUCUUCAGCCUCCGCUGGAACUCCUUCGUCACCUUCGCUUUCCCGGAAACGACGUUCAUCGCCGUCACCGCUUACCAAAAUGAAAAGAUCACUCAGCUGAAGAUUGAUCACAACCCAUUCGCCAAGGGUUUUCGAGACAACGGCAUGGCACGCAAGGGCUCGAGGUUAGCGCUUAAGCGAACCACAUCCACGAAAAUAGAAGACCUGGACGACAAAAGAGACUCCGACAACUCGAAGUCCUCUGAUCACGCUGUUCCGAAGAAGGAAAAGCACGAAAGCAACUCUUCUCCCAUUGGCUGUGACCUGGACACCGGAGGCACCUCGUCCAAUCACCAGUCGCGUGACACGACAGGUCGGGGCGGCAUGGACGACGGGCUGUUCGGCUGCGACCCGCUCAGUUCCACUGACGGCGAUUUGACGCGCGUGGACGAACCGGGAACCUCGCACUGCCACAAGGGAGGACUGGGCAAAUCGGGCGCCCCCAUGGGCCACACCUUGCACAAGUCCAGAACGGGAAUGGGAGGCGGUGGUGGGGGGACGGGCGCCCUCAACGUGGACGCCGACGCAGGCUGCAACGAGGCUCGUCUGUCGGACUAUACGGGCACGGCAGCUAGCGGCGUGGUGGAUCAACUCUCGCCGUGUUACUCCCAGGAUCACGGCGUGAUGACCGACGAUCAGGGCAUGACCUCAGCCCAGCCUGCCACGGCCCUAGCCGUAGCCCAGCUCGCUAAAGACAGCAUGCAUGGUCAGGACUAUCGGUCGCUGUCCAUGUUCUCCGUGUCGAACCAAAACCAGUGCAUGGGACAGAGUGUGCAUCCUCUGCAGAGCACGUCUAACAUGUACAUGCAGAGCUGUGAACCGCACAUGUAUAACUCGAGUGGGUAUCAUCACCCAACCACCAUGUCGUCGAGCAUGGCGCAUCUCCACGCCCAUCAGGCCCAGGCUCACGCGGUCAGGCACCUUGCUGCCCAACAGAACAUCUCUGCUUGUAAUGGGAUGACGUCACUCCAUGGGCCCUCACAGUUCCUGCAUGGGGGUCACACUAGCACCUCAACAGACGCAAUGGGGCUAAACUCGUACAACCACUUCUCCAACCACUCGGUCAAGUUCCCUAUGUGACAUUGCUGAUACUAAACACCUUUAUGUUCAGUACACCAGAUUACAGUGGUGUCCCAAAGCCAGUCAACGCUUAUACCACAGUGUUCGCCCUGGUACCCGGCCGGCACCAUAACGAAGUAGUUUGCACUUCUCACAAUAACAUCACAAUGUGGAACUUUAAAGACUGUAAAUUUACCACUUUUUGUUCUCAUCAGUAUAAAAACCAUUGAAGUGUUGGUUUCACGCGGAUUAUCCUCAUCUUAUUUAUCACAAUUUAUUCUGAUUUAGCACAGCACAUUUUCGCGCUUUUUAAAUCUUCCGUAAAGCCUACAACAUGAAAUUCAUUUUUAAACACUUCACUUUCCUAUAUAGAAACAACGUUGCGCAUUAGGAGGUUUGGGAUGCUUGCUUCGUUGAUUUAAAAAAAAUCAUUUUUUUUCAAAAAUUCGUAGAAAGAACAAGUUUUGCUGGAACAAAACUGUCCAUCACACGGAACAAUGAAUCCCUUCAUUCGAUGACAAAGCCAAUGUAACAACGAAUCGAAUCCCCGCUAAAAUAGUUAUGUAUAAAAGCCCACCUUAACUUUGCCGAUAUUUUUCUUGAAAUGCCGCGAAAUUAGGAUUUAAUUAAAACUAUAGGAUUUUAGUCAAACAAGGCCAGUCUUGUGUUAAACCCUCCAGAAGAUUGAGGCAUUAACGUCGUUCAACGAGGUAGACUGGUGCUUUGAUGUCUCACUGGAUUUUUUGUCCAGCGUUGGUUCAGGGUACCAAACCAAAAUGGCGGCGAGUAAAGAUAACGUUUUUCGAAAUCUUGUCAUUCAUUACCUUGAAUUCUACGACUUCAAACACUAAUUGCGAUAGCUGACAUUUUUACCCAAAACCACGUCUUGGCGGAUUAAUUCCUAUUGAUUAUGAUAACAUCCUCGACCCAUUUUACCCAACAACAUUAAUUGGUGCAGUUAUAGAAAUGACUUCUUUUUUUUAAUUGUAAGAAAUUAAAGGUAUAGCGGACAUUUUUCUCUAAUUUUAAAAGUUCUUUCUUGUUGAUAUUGUUCCUGGCUUAGUACAUAUUUGUGCAUUUGAUAUUUGUAUAUUUUGGCUGAAUAUUCUGUGAUUAUUUGAGAGAAGUUUACUGUAACCUCAAUAGAGUUUUUAAAAAAGAAGAGAUAAUUAUGAUUAUUGUGACAGUCUUACUGUGAUUUUGACCAAUGGAACGCCCGACUGCUGCAUGUAAAUUGUAAUUGUGUAGUUACCAUUGUUCUUUUUUAGUUUAUAUCUUACUAUUACAAACCUUGGACGUGGAAGUGUUAGGCGAUGAUCCAUAGUGUAUAAUUUAUAUGCCAUAUAUACCUGUGACCUAUAGGGCAAAUGGCCUAACAAUUGUUUCUUCCAAACCAACUUUUAAAGCUUUGGGAGUAAUUUCGGAAGUAAUCACUCGUAUUAUGUAAGCCCCUUUGCAAAUUGUGGUUUAAUGACAGUUGAUCACGUGACCACAUAAACUCAAAAUUCCUAACUGCCUAAUCUGACUUGUCGAUUAUAUUCAUUUAAAUAACACACAAUCCAUCCUGUAUGUACUAGAACUUAUGACAAACAAGUUUAAAGUUUUCAACUUGCAUAAAACUCUUUUCAACAGACCAAACGGGGUGUAGGCUAAAGCAACACAACUUGGAAUAGGUAUUCAGAUAUGACUGUUUUUGUGUAUUAUAGUCUCAGAGUAAAACACCAAAAGACUAUAAAAAAGAUUCUAUAAAAUGUUUUAAUAGUCUAUACAAUAUAAACAACUCAUUAAAAGAAAUUGUUUUUUGGAGGUAUAUUUUGUUGAAAACAGUGUGGUAGUCGAGUACAUUUUCAUGAGUAUACGAGUACGGGUACGAGUACUUUGUCAUGAUGGGUACGAGUACUUUGUCAUGAGUGCGAGUAUGGGUACGAGUACUUUGUCAUGAGUACAAGUAUGAGUAUGAGUACUUUGACAGAGUACGAGUACGGGUAAGAUUACUUUGUCAUGAGCCUAGAGUAUGGGUGCGAGUACUUUGUCAUGAGUACGAGUAUGAGUACGAGUACUUUGUCAUGAGUACGAGUACGAUUACAAGGCAAUUUGUUUCAAUGAGUACGAGUACCAAAAAUGUGCUCGAUUACGAUCGCGAGUACGAGUACACGUACGAGGUUUCCACAAGUAGGAGCAAAUUUCAAUAUGUCACGUUUUCAAGGGCUUUGUACCCUAAUGCGGGGCAUAAAACCUGUAUUGAAGCCCCCAAACAGUAGUAAACUGUUUUCCCUACAUAUAUAGCCCAUAAUUUGUUUUAAAUUAUCACACUUUUUGCAGUAGAACAUUUUGCAAGAGUACGACGAGUACAAGUACUUUGUCGUGAAUUACGAGUACGAAACAGGUAUUUUUUUCUUACGAGUACGAGUACAUUUUCAUGAGUACAACUUACGAGUACAUUUUUACGAGAACGAUACGACACUGGUUGAAACGUUCAUUGUUGAGAUGUUCAUUUUAGGUAUCACAUUGAAUGUAAGUGCGCGGCUAAGUUGGAUUUAAUAACGUGAGAUUCAUAGUAAAAGCUAUAAUACUCGAUGUACAAAAAGGCUAGCUAUAGCUUACGUUGUGACUCGCCCCUCACAAGUUCAGUGGUGCGAAGGGCGUGGUUUUAUUUGACUUUCUUAAAGAGGAUGAAACAAACCUUGUGCAAUUUUUAUUAAGAUAUUUCCAUCUCUCUUUAACUUGUUUGCUUAUUCAAUGGUUUUCAUUGUUUUUGGACACUAAUAAUAGAAUGUCAGUUUUUUUGUUUAAAAUAUAUAACUAUUCUGUCGUAAAUUAUUUGAUGGUAAUUAUGAUUGUAAUGACAAAGAAGAUUUCUUUAUCACCUACUGCAUGUACAUACGCUUUAUCUAGUGAUGACGAAUCUAUUAAAAACGUGAAGAUUGUAGAUAUAAACCCGA